AAAAAAAAAUGUGAUGAAGCGUUAUUGUAUGCUCGAGCUAAUUAAAGCACUUUGACGAAUGGUAUCCCUUUGGGCAGGGUAAUAUUUAGGCAGGAACGCACAUCUUGCUUUGUGCGCCAGUGCGCUUUGCCAAAGGGAGCGCGCGCAGAGACGCACGGAGAGAGGGAGAGACAGGGAGAACAAACCUCCUCUGGGCGCCUCAUUACUAAUUUGCCGUCCACUUCGCGUGCGCUCCUGUGCACCUGCUUUUGGAAAUAUUGCUCUCCGCGCGCUACGAUCUCACCUGAAUUCUUUCAGAGAUGGCCUUUCCUUCCUCCUACUACGCUUUGGGUGAUUUUAACGACUCGAUCUCAACAACUCCUUUCAAUGUUACCGAGGAUCCGCUGCGCGUGCUUUCAAACGUCAAAGAGAGCAACACGGUUGCAGCCAGGGACACUACGAGUCUCAUCAUCGCUGUUUGUAUCACGGCUCUCUACUCUCUCAUCUGUGUGGUGGGACUGCUCGGAAACGUGCUUGUCAUGUAUGGAGUGGUCAGGUACACCAAGAUGAAGACGGCCACCAACAUCUACAUCUUUAACCUGGCUCUCGCCGACGCACUCGCCACCAGCACCCUCCCCUUCCAGAGUGCCAAGUACCUGAUGAACACGUGGCCCUUUGGAGAGGUGUUGUGUAAAGUGGUCAUUGCCAUCGACUACUACAACAUGUUCACCAGCAUCUUCACGCUCACCAUGAUGAGUGUGGACCGCUACAUAGCCGUCUGUCAUCCGGUGAGGGCCCUGGACUUCCGCACACCUGCCAAAGCAAAGCUCAUCAACGUGGGCAUCUGGAUCCUCUCCUCUGCUGUCGGAGUCCCUGUAACGAUCAUAGCUGUUACCAAGGUUACAGAUAAAGGAAACACCAGUUGUGAACUCAGAUUCCCCAAACCUGAGUGGUACUGGGACACGGUGAUGAAAAUCUGCGUUUUCAUCUUCGCCUUCGUCGUUCCUGUCCUGGUCAUCACCAUCUGCUACGGUCUGAUGAUCCUGCGGCUUAAGAGUGUCCGUCUGCUCUCCGGCUCCAAAGAGAAGGACAGGAACCUGCGCAGGAUCACCCGCAUGGUCCUGGUGGUCGUGGCAGCCUUCAUCAUCUGUUGGACUCCCAUCCACAUCUUCAUCAUCGUCAAGACCAUGGUGGACAUCAACCGCAAGAACCUCCUGGUGAUGGCCUGCUGGCAUCUGUGCAUUGCGCUGGGCUACACCAACAGCAGUCUCAACCCUGUGCUGUACGCCUUCUUGGAUGAGAACUUCAAAAGGUGCUUCAGGGAUUUCUGCCUGCCCUAUCGCUCCCGCCUGGAUCAGAACAGCUUCUCCAGGGCACGCAAUACCACGAGGGAGCCCAUGUCUGUUUGUGCUCCUGCGACGACACAGAGACCGCCGGCCUGACUAGGCAUGGAUCAGCGGGGAGGAAGAACACUUCAGGACGACCUCCAGACUGAGGUCACACAGUUCUCCACCACAGGAGUGUGAGUCUGCAGAUGGAGGCUUAUGACCUCCCAUUUAUUUAAAUCAUUGAUUUACGAUCUCAUAUAAUGAAAACCCUGUGUCUCAGGAGGUUUGUGAGGCACGGCUCUUCACGAUGAUUGCAAACAUGCCUGUGUGUGCCUGUGCAUAAGGAGAUGGAUACAAAUGUACAUGCUUGGAGUGUGUAUGAAGCACAUGCAUAAUGCACCCAUAUGAACAAGGUCAGUGUUAAAGGGACAGUUCGCCCCAGAGUCAAAAACAUAUAUUUUAACUCUUACCUACAGUCUUAUUUAUUAACCCUAUGGGCCCGAACGACACAUAGUGUGUCCAAAUUCACACCUGUUCU